ACCACAUACACACGACCCGUAUGACCCACUACCACAGAAUCAUAACAAGACUUGAAAUGUAUUAACUAAAUUACUGUAAUCUUACUAAAGCAGGGUGUAUCAGCUUAAAACUAAUAGGCAGAAACUACAAACUAUUCCCAAUACUAUUAAACGUAUUGUCCUUAAGUUUUGAAGUAGUAUAGUAGUACAGUAAACCUGUUAGUAUCAAUUACCAAUUAGUUACUUAGUACACUCCCCCCUCCCUCCCCACCAUGUCAAACGAUUUCUUGACAUCUUCACCUUCACGAGAGGUUAUAGAUCCUUUGAUAUAUACUUCAUUACCUGGUACAGAACCUCCUCGUAAAGGCAAGUCUUCGAAUAAUCAUGAAAAACGCAAGAAUAACAAGUCAUCUAAGAAAAAGUCACAACCCCAAACUUCAGUACCUCCCUCAGCUUCCAAGUAUAAUAACAAUAAUAACAAUAAUAAUAAUAAUAAUAAUAAUAAUAUUAAUAUGUCAACAGGCUGGACUCCACUAAUAUCUAAGACUUAUUUCAAUGAUCAAAUUCUUUCAUUCAAUUCCACUCCCAAUCGAUACUUGUUGACCAACCUAUCUAAUUCAAAUAGCAUUAAUAAUAAUAAUAAUAACACGACCAAUAAUAACAAUAACAAUAUAAAUCAGGAUUACUUAGAUUUCACUCAAGGUCUAAACUUAACACCAUUCCUUAAUCAUAAUAAUCUUAAUAUCCUUCAACAAACCACCUCUUCAGCAUCAGGCAUGAAUAAUCAUCAAUUAUUAUUAAAUAAUAUUACUCCAUUCAAUGAAAAGACUUUGCAUUUAACAGAUUUCUUUAUGGAUUCUCCAAUUCGACAAACCCCUUUAAAAGAUUUGGCUACUAUAACUCCUUCAAGAUUUAAAUUAAAUUUUAGUGAUAAAAAGCCAUCAACAUCUCAAAGAAUGGAUCCAAAGAGUGCUCAAAAGAGAUCAAUAACUCAACUUGAUACACCACCUCGUCAACCUCAUAAAUUAUCAAUAUCAACUAAAGCUAGUGAUACUAAUAAAGAAAAUAUUGAUCCAGAUGAUGAUAAUGAUAAUAAUAAAAAUAAUAAUAAUAAAACAAAUACAACUGAUGAAGAAGAUGUUGAAAAUGAUGAAGAUUAUGAUGAAGACCAAGAUGAAUUACUUCAAAAGACAAAAUACUUUCUUCAAACUCCUUCGAAAAAGGUCUUGUCUAAUAUAAGUAAUCAACAAUCUCAAUUUCCUAGAACAACACCAAUUAAGUUAUCAGUUAGUGAUCUUGAAAUGAUAAAUAGAUUUCAAACUCCUGCUAAACAAGUCCCUGAAUCUCCUUCAUCACCAUCAACAGUAAUUAUGUCUAGUGCAAUUAAGAAACCAGAGACAAAAGUCAUAAAAGGUACUAAUAUAACUAAUACUAUUACUAAUAUUAAUGAUGAAGAUAAUAAUAAUGAUGAUCGUAAUGAUGUUGAUGAUGGAAAUGAAACCACUGAAGAAGAUGAAUUUAAUGAUAAAAAUAAUGAUAAUGAAAACCAAAUACCAGCACCACCAAGUCCAACCCCAAUUAAAGAUCUUUCUUUACCUGUUGCUGCUGCUCCACCUGUAAUGGGAGUAUUUUCAGAAAAGAAAACUAAACCAAUUCCAACCAAUAAAGCAGCAUUAACUGGUAAGGGUAGAUUUGAUUCUGAUGAUAAUAUAAGAUCAAAACAAAAUAUAAUUGGGAAUGGAGAUAGCUCAACUAAUGGUGCUAGAGCUUCUAAAGGGAAAAUGCAAGCUGGAAUGAAUAAAUUUCAAAUCAUAUUUACAGACGUUCAUACAUUGAUGAAUAAUAGAAAGAAGAAAAGUAAUACAAAGGAUCAACUGACUUCUAAUUCAUCAAAUAAAAAUCAAUCUUCAGAUAAAUCAAGAUCUUCUGGUCCAUCUUUACAUCGUAAACAUGAGACUAAUCAGGAUGCUCAUCAUCUUUUACCUGAUUUCACCUCUCAACCACAUUUCCAACUGCAACAGCUGCAACAGCCGCAACAACUGCAUCUUCUAAAUGUUCAUCAACCUCUGCUGUCGGAUCAUAAUAUCAGUAUGAAUUCUAGUAAGGAAAUUUCCAUCAUAUCGGGAGGUGCCAAUACGAGUCAUUUGAAUUUAACUUCAGGUACGGAAUCUUCUAUAGAAUUAGGAGGGAUUUCAACGACUCCUAAUGGUAAAUUCUUCUUGGAUAAGGUGUUUGAAAAGAAUUCACCACAAACUCAGAACUUGUUAAAUAGUACAUACUAUAUGCUUCAGCAACAUCAACAGCAGCAACAGCAGCAACAGCAGCAACAACAGCAGCAACAUCUUCAUCAUCAGCAUCAACAAUCUCAACCAUCAAUGCCACCUCCACCAUCAUCUAAACAACAAUUCCAACCUCAAUUGAUUCAGCAUACACCACAAUAUCAACCUCAACAAAAUCAUAUGAUGAUGAUGAGUACUCCUCAACAUCAAAAUGUUGUAAAUUAUCCAGGAAAUACUCCUCAAUUUUAUGGACAAGACAAUAUGUCACCAGAUGAUGAAGCUAAUGGUACGUUUAUGAGUCAACCAGGUGGAUCAUAUUAUGGACAAUCAAUGAUUAUGCCUACUAUGAUGAAUAUGAAAGAAAAUAGUAAGCAUUGAUAUUAAUACUUUUCACUUUUCACUAGAACGUUUAUUAUGGACUCUAUACUUUUAACUAACUAUAUAAUCAUUAAUGUAUUAAUUAAUUAAUUUAC